AUGUCUGAAGCCCGGCCUCGUGACGACAUCCCCGAGGUGUUCCAAGCCUCAGCUGCCGUCGCAGGGCGGCUCACACACUUGAUCCCAGACGAGCUCGCUCUCGCGGUCCCCGACCAUCCUUUGUUUGCCUAUGCCAAAACAAAUAAACCGGCAGAUGGCUUCGUCGACGUCACAGCGCGCCAGUUCGCCCGUGGCGUCAACCGCGCCAGUUGGUAUCUCAAAGACUUGCUGGGAGAGCCAACCAACUUCGAGACGAUAGGCUACAUGGGACCGAGUGACCUUCGUUACUUCUUCUUGAUGUUUGGGGCCAUCAAAGUUGGCUAUAAGAUGCUUUUUACCUCGCCUCGUAACAACCUAGACGGGCAUCUCCACGUGCUCGCAGGCGCCGACUGCCAUGUGUUCCUCAGCGCCAACGGCACGAACGUCGACAGCAUCCUGGAGGCGCGGCGCAUGCGGACGGCCAUCGUGCCGGAGCUUGCCGACAUGCUGGAAGGCACGGAGCCUGUUGCCGUGUACCCAUACACUAAGACCUUCGAGGAAGCGUGCAUGGACCCGUGCCUGGUGCUGCACACGACCGGGUCGACCGGCCUGCCCAAGCCCAUUGUCUGGAAGAACGCCAACCUAGCUUCCUACGAGGCGUGGCGGACUGUCCCUGCCGUCGACGGCUACGUGCCCACGACAGCGGUCUACCAGCAGGCCCGGCGUGCGUACACUAGCAUGCCGCUGUUUCACACUAGCGGACUCAACGCCGGGAUCACGUGGAGCCUGUUGUGUGGUGUGACACUCGUGUACGGCGCGCCCAAGGUGGUCCCGAACGCCGGGUAUGCCGAUGAGAUGCACCUUCACGCCGGCUCCCGGAGGAGGCUGGAUAAGAUGCAGUACGUGGUGGCCAGCGGAGCACCCCUUUCUCAGACGGCUGGCCGCAUCAUCUCGAAGCACUCGCGCGUCAUCUCCAACCUCGGUUCCACAGAGACGUCCUGCCUUCAACGUCUGUCGCCGUCGGUCGCUGACUGGGAUUUCUUCUACUGGCACCCCAGCCAUUCCGGCAUUGAGAUGCGCGAGUACACGCCGGGCCUCUUCGAACUCUUCCUCGUCCGUAAACCGGGGUUGGAGCGGUACCAGGGUAUUUUUGCCACUUUCCCAAGCAUUUCGGAGUGGAGCAUGAGCGACCUGUAUGAGCGGCAUCCCGACCCGGCCAAGCCGUUCCUGUAUCGGUACAAGGGCCGCAAGGACGAUGUUAUCGUCCUCAGCAACGGCGAGAAAGUAAGCCCCGCGCUCAUGGAGGCCACGCUGAACAGCAGCCCGCUGGUCAAGGGCGCCAUGGUGGUCGGUCGCGGCAGGUUCCAGCCCGCAGUGCUGCUCGAUUUGACUGCCGAACCGCCGCGAACAGCCAAGGGCAGGCAUGAGCUGAUCGACCAGCUGCUUCCCUUCAUCGCCGAGGCCAAUGCCCAUGCGCCGGCCCACGGCCAGCUGGAUCGGUACCACGUCCUCUUCGCGGAUCCGCAGCGCCCUGUACAGUACCUAGGCCAGGGCAAAAUGCAGAGGCUGCGGACCUACGCGCUGUACGAGGCCGAUAUCGACAAACUGUACCGGUCCGUCGAGGAGCCCGAGGAACUCGCUGAGCUUAACAAGGACAUGGCCCCAUUAGACUUGAGUAGCAAGUAUGGCGCGAGUGAAUGGCUGCGUGCACUGAUCGCUGAAGUGGCGGGUAUCAGUAUCAGUAACGGCGAUGGCGAUAUCUUCGAGGCUGGUGUUGAUUCUCUCCAGGUGAUCAAGAUGGCGCGCGAGAUCCGCAUGACGGCCAAACGGGGGCAGGCGCCAGCAAGCCUCGCCGAGUUCUCCCCAAGGUUCAUCUAUGCCAACCCAACCGUGAACCAGCUUGGGGCCCUCAUGUUUGACGCAGCAUCGAGGCGUGAAGUUGCCGCGCCGCUCUUGAAACAAGACCCUGAUGGCAAGCCCUCUGCGACGGUGCUGGUGGAAGUCGAGGAGGUGACGGGCUCAGAAACGCCGCCCUGGUCUUCCAGCUCAGACUCGGAAGAGGACGAUGCUGACGCGGACCUGGCCAGGUCACUGCUCGAGGAGUACACUCGCUUACUUCCCCCACUCCGGUCGGGGCGGCCGGCCACAACCGAGCGAUCCGGCGAGAUGACUGUCAUACUCACCGGGAGCACCGGGUCCCUGGGGCCAUACAUCCUCGAAGCGCUCAACCGCAACCCAAAGGUGGCCCGUGUAAUCUGCCUCAACCGCAGUGCUAAGGCAGCGGAGCGACACGCUCUGCUGUGUUCCGCACGGGGUUUCGCUGCUUUACCCCCGUCGCGUGUGCAGUUCCUCAAGGCCGACCUAUCGCUGCCGCAGCUCGGCCUCGGACGCGCCUCAUACGGCAUGCUUGUGAGCUCUGUGACACAUAUAAUCCACAACCAGUGGCCCGUUAACUUCAACUGGCCGCUGCAGUCAUUCCGGCCACAUAUCCACGGCGUGAUCAACCUCGCCCACUUAGCCCACGCGUCUCGACACAAUGCCUUAGUGCUUUUUGUGUCCAGCGUGUCGACCGUCGCAUCCUUGCCUAGCGGCACGGCGCCGGAGGCACCGAUUCACGACGUUGGCGCCGCGGCCCCGAUGGGAUAUGGCCGGUCCAAGCUGGUAGCCGAGAUUCUGCUAGACCGGGCCUCGCAGCGCAGUGGCGUACGCUCCGCUGUCUGCCGCGUUGGCAUCGUUGCUGGGCCCGUCGAGAGCACGGCGGGGAUGUGGAAUAAGCACGAGUAUAUUCCAUCGAUAAUGGUAUCGUCGGCCCAUCUCGGCGUCUUUCCGGCUACAUUUCCGUCUCGAGACCGGAUCGAUUGGCUCCCCGUCGACAGGUUGGCCAUUGUCCUUCUGGAGAUCCUACACACAGUUUCGUCUGCCCGCCCGACCGCCACGCAAGACGGGACACACGUCUUCCACGUCGUCAACCCCCGCGCCGCCUCGUGGCACGCCGACCUGUCUCCAGUCAUCGCGGGUGCACUGGGCGUGCGCGAGGUCGACUUCUCCGAGUGGGUGUCGGCGCUGCGAGCGAGUGCGGACGAAGCCAUCGCAAGUGGGCACAUCGAUCUAGACCGCAACCCAGCAAUCCGACUACUCGAGUUCUACGAGGGCGCGGCAGCGGCUGACUCGCCACGCAUGUUGACCUCGGAGAGGGCCGAAGAUGCGAGUUUGGCGCUGGCGAAGGUCGGCCCGGUGGGGCAGAAAUGGCUGCGCGUUUGGCUUGAGCAGUGGGGUCUCACUCGAGGCAGACCCGAUUCACCUGAGCUGCGCGUACUGAAAUUGCUGUAA